CACAGGCUGCGCGUCCUGAGAGCCGGCGAGCCGCAGGAGCUGCGAUGGCGCCCGUGCGCGGCCUGUGGCUGGCGUGGGCACUGUUAGGAGUGGCCGGCGCGUGCCCGGAGCCGUGCGCCUGCGUGGACAAGUACGCCCAUCAGUUCGUGGACUGCGCGUACAAGGAUCUGCGCGAGGUGCCCGAAGGUUUGCCAGCCAACGUGACCACGCUCAGCCUGUCGGCCAACAAGAUCGCGGUGCUGCGGCGAGGGGCCUUUGCCAACGUCACCCAGGUCACGUCGCUGUGGCUGGCGCACAGCGAGGUGCGCACGGUGGAAUCGGGGGCUCUGGCCGUGUUGAGUCAGCUCAAGAAUCUCGACCUGAGCCACAACCUCAUCUCUAAUUUCCCUUGGAGCGAUCUGCGCAAUCUGAGCGCGCUGCAGCUGCUCAAAAUGAACCACAACCGGCUGGGCUCGCUGCCCCGGGACGCGCUCGGGACGCUGCCGGACCUGCGCUCCCUGCGCAUCAACAACAACCAGCUGCGCACGCUGGAGCCCGGCACCUUCGACGCCCUGAGCGCCCUGUCGCACCUGCAGCUUUACCACAACCCCUUCCACUGCGGCUGCGGCCUCGUGUGGCUGCAGGCCUGGGCCGCCAGCACGCGCGUCUCGCUGCCCGAGCUGGAUUCCAUCGCGUGCGCCUCGCCCCCGGAAUUGCACGGAGUGCCCGUGCACCGCCUCUUCGUGGCCCUCGCCAACGGUUCUCUGUGGGUGCCGACCCUGAGCGCCAAGGAGGCCGGCGUCUACACCUGCCGGGCGCACAAUGAGCUCGGCUCCAACUCCACGGCCGUGCGCGUGGCCGUGGCGGCGGCCGGGCCCCCCAAACACGCUCCCGGCGAGGGGGGACCCGAGGGCGGCCAGGCCCCGACCCCCGAGCGCAAAUCCACCGCCAAAGGCCGGGACAACAGCGUGCUGCCCGCCAAACCCGAGGGCAAAGGCAGCAAAGGCCAAGGCCAGGCCGGGGCGGUGGGCGGCGGCGGCGGCGGGGAGGCGGACGCGGAGCUGCGGGAGGAGGAGGAGGAGGAAGGGGAAGGGGAGGAAGAGGCGGGGGAGGAGCGGGAAGGGCGGAUCCCCGCCGCCGGCGCGCGGGAGCAGCACUGCGGCCGCGGCGACCCCACGCGCUACGUGUCCAACCACGCGUUCAACCAGAGCGCGGAGCUGAAGCCGCACGCGUUCGAGCUGGGCGUCAUCGCGCUGGACGUGGCGGAGCGCGAGGCCCGGGUCACCUGUCCCCUGGCCAGCCGUGGCCCUGGUCCCCUGGCCGGGCUGAGUCGCUUCGCCCCCGGAAGCACAGAGGGUGCCAGCCCAGAGACCCCCAACUCACCUGUCCAUAUGCCAGCCAUUCCCAACCCCUUCCUGAUGGGGAAGCGAAUUCCACUGGCCCCCUAA